AUGCGCGAUUGGCUGGCAGACGAGUCCGGAAGAAAGGGUGGUUCGGAAAAGCGCCCGGAUACGCUGAGGGUAUGCGGCAUUCCGUGCCGUUGGUUGGCGGAAGAGCGGGUUUCCACGAAGCCUUCGCUGCUGAUCGCUCACACCGUCUUCUCCUCGUUUGGUCCCGUCAGGAACAUCGAGCUUCUAGACCCCAACGAGGAGCUCCCCUCCGCUAAAGUCACACAAGGACGAACCCUGGGAGUUGCUGGUCCAGCAGCAUUGGGAAGGGCUGGUUUGGGAUUAGGUUUGGGAGCAGGUUUGGCGCUGAAGCUGGAGACGGACGUGAUGGUGAGGUUCGGCAGCCACAGCACGUUCUGUGACGCUGUGAAGGCGCUGGCGCGACACGCGGUGAAGAAGGAAGGGUCGUCAUCGCUUGCAAGAGUGCAGCUGAUGAUCGACGGUGGGGAUUACUUUGACGAGCGGAACGUGCGGAGGAGGCGAUUUACGAGGGAGCAGCGAGCAGAGGAGGAGAGGCAGCAGCGGGAGCGGGAGGAGCGGAGGAGGGCGGAGAGAGAGAGGGCGGAGAGGGAGAGGAAGGAGGAGGAGGAGCGGAAGGCGCGGGAGGAGGAAGAGAGGGUGCGACGGUGA